GGUGCUUCUCCUCUCCUGCAGAUCGAGGAGAGCAGAGUAGAGGAAAGACUCCUUCAGCGGGAUUCAGGAGCCUGCUCCGGGCCGGGUCGCUGUCAGCAUGCGGAGCUGAGCAGGGAUGGAGGCGCGGAGCUGCGGAGUCCGACACAUGAGCGCUCUGAGUCUGCUGCUGGUGUGCGUGUGCCCGCUGUGCUGCAGGGGCAGCUGGAUGUGGCUCGGUGUGACGUCACCGGGGGUGGUGGAGAAGCUGGGGUGUUCCAACUUGCCUCUGAGCCCCCGGCAGCGCGAGCUGUGCAGCAGGAAGUCCGUCCUACUGCCGGGCAUCCAGGAGGGCGCGCGCCUCGGGGUGGCCGAAUGUCAGAGACAGUUCAGGCACGAGCGCUGGAACUGUUCCACCAAUCAGCAGGUGCCCGUGUUCGGGCACGAGCUCACGAGCGGAACCAAAGAGACAGCGUUCAUCUAUGCGGUGAUGGCAGCAGGGCUUGUCCACGCCGUCACGCGCUCCUGCAGCCAGGGAAACAUGACGGAGUGCGGCUGCGAUGCUGGGCUGCGGGGCGGCGGCUCAGCAGCAGAGGGCUGGCACUGGGGCGGCUGCUCAGAUCACAUCCAGUACGGGACGUGGUUCAGCCGCAAGUUCAUGGACCACACCGUGAAGAACAUGUCGACGAGCCGCAGCAGCUACACGCCCAGCACCAUGAACCAGCACAACAGCGAGGCCGGGCGACAGGCGAUCAACAGGACGAUGUCCACAGAUUGUCGCUGUCACGGUGUUUCUGGCUCCUGCGCGGUGAAGACGUGCUGGAGGACGAUGGCACCGUUUGAGCGGGUCGGGACGUAUCUGAAGGACAGAUACGAGCACAGCGUGCAGGUGACGGAGCGAUCCAAGAGGAAGACGAAGCGGAAGGACCAGCGGCGUCUCCAUGUGGACAAACACCAGCUCAUCUUCCUCAACAAGUCUCCAAACUACUGUCUGGAGGACAGGCGGCGGGGCAUCGCGGGCACCAGAGGGCGCCGGUGCAACCGGACGUCCACGGGGCCAGAUGGCUGCAACCUGCUGUGCUGUGGCAGAGGAUACAACACGCACGUGGUCAGACACGUCCAGCGCUGCGAGUGCAAGUUUGUGUGGUGCUGCUACGUCCACUGCAGGCGCUGCGAGAGCAUGAACGACAUGCACACCUGUAAGUAACACACCUGGAAACAGAAACAUGUGGAACACGUAGCUCACCUUCAUUCACCUCAGCAUGAUACCUGGUAACAGAAGAACACCUGGAAUAAAAGAAGGAUUUCUGGAAAGAGACAAAUUGGACAUCUGGAUCUGAAAGAGUGUAAAGGAAGGAAGGACUGAACCUCUCAGGUGAAGACAGAUCCUCCUUGGACCAAUCUGAUCAGGCCUACAGAGCGGAGCUGCUGCUCCAGGUGGAAAGAUCCAGGUGAGGCAUGUGACAGCCUCCUGCAUGCCUCCUGUGUGAGCUGUUUCAUGUUCACCUGUGAGCAGCAGACCCAGGACAGGAUUUUACUGCCUGAACGUUUUCAUGUUUCAGACUGGACAGACUUCUCUAACGUGAUGUUUCUGAAGCAUCCAGAGUGCCACCAGGAGGAGGAUCAGUGCUGCUGCACACUCAAUCUGAAGAUCUGAAUGACUGAAGCACACCAGAUGGUCAGAGAUCCAUGACUCCUGAUCAGUCUCAUCAGUUCU